UCCUCUUACUUACACUCCUCGUGGUGUUCUGUGCUCUCCCCUGCCUCACUCUACCUCAGCCUGGCCUCCCCACACGCCCAGCUCGGCCUCCAGGGAGCUACAUACACGCUGAUUGACUGGGUUAUUUAAAUGUGUUAGAGGUUGGCGCCACGUGAAUCUCCUCAUCGACCCACAACAAAGACACCACACUUAGUCUUGUAUUGUAGCAGGAGACAUAAUCAAAAUGGAGAACAAAUGCGAAAAGGAGAAAAGGGUGGAGAGGAUGCCAGUUGAUGAAAUGACUUCAAAGGAUUAUUACUUCGAUUCGUAUGCUCAUUUUGGCAUCCAUGAGGAAAUGCUGAAAGAUGAAGUGCGUACCCUGACUUACCGCAACGCAAUGUAUCAUAACAGACACCUUUUUAAAGGAAAGACUGUACUGGAUGUAGGGUGUGGUACUGGUAUCCUAUCCAUGUUUGCUGCCAAAGCUGGUGCAGCCAGAGUGAUAGGAAUUGAAAUGUCAAACAUUGUAGAACAUGCCAAAAAAAUUGUAGCUGCUAACAAUUUAGAUAAAGUUGUUGAGAUCAUUCAUGGGAAGGUUGAAGAGGUGACACUGCCUGUGGACAAGGUUGACAUUAUUAUAAGUGAGUGGAUGGGUUACUGCCUCUUCUAUGAAUCAAUGUUGGAAACGGUGCUGUAUGCCAGGGACAAGUGGAUGGCUUCAGAUGGCAUGCUCUUCCCUGACCGUGCUACGUUGUUUGUUGCGGGUAUUGAGGAUCGUCAAUACAAGGAUGACAAGAUCAACUGGUGGGAUAGUGUUUAUGGCUUUGAUAUGUCUUGCAUCAGGGAGGUGGCCAUGACAGAACCUCUAGUUGAUGUGGUAGAAGCAAAACAGGUGGUGACUAAUUCUUGUCUUGUGAAAGAAGUUGACCUAUAUACUGUGAAGAAAGAAGAUCUGGCCUUCAGUACCCCAUUCCACCUUCAGGUAGAGGUGCGGAGGAAUGACUAUGUGCACGCCCUCAUCACAUACUUCAAUAUUGAAUUCUCUAAGUGUCACAAAAGGACUGGUUUCUCAACAGCCCCUGAGGCACGGUAUACUCACUGGAAGCAGACAGUCUUUUAUUUUGAUGAUUAUUUGACUGUGAAACACGGGGAGGAAAUCUUUGGCACCUUCACGAUGAAGCCCAAUGAGCGUAACAAUCGUGACCUUGACUUUCACAUUGAAAUGGAAUUCCAUGGUGAACUUUCAGAUUGUCAGGAAUCUCAUAAAUAUAAAAUGCGUUAAGUCGUUUUAGCUGAUUCUUGCUACGUCCAUCAGAUGGUCGUCCACGAUAAUGCCGCAAGUUGACUUAGUCGUUAGGUUCUCUACAAAUCUAGGAAUUGCUUCCUUAAAUGAGGCAACAGAGUUUUGUGUAAUUUUGUGUUUGCAAGGCCUAAUGGGACCUUGAAACAGCUUGUGGCACAUCUUGUACGGACACUUGUGACAGUGCAGUCAUGACCAGUUUUUAGAACUGUACCCCAACUGGUGGAGUGACCUUACCAAGUUGUGUGCUCUGUUAAUGGAUGAGCGGUAGACUCUGCCUCUCUACCAGUGGCAGUAUUAAAAUGAAAAUGGUAGAUGAGCAUAAUACUCUUGCCUCUCCAGUGUAAGAGGAUUGAGCAAAGACUCGUGAACUCUCCCUCCCAUGUAGGCUGUGGCCAGUAACACUCUGGUGUCAUUAUUUGUUGGUGCAAGUCCUCAGCAAAGAGUAAGAACAAUUGUGGUGUAGUGAUGGUGAUAUUAAAGAAAAUGAUGUAAGAAAAUUAAUUGGAAAUCCACUGGUAUGUUAGAUAUUGUGGACUUUUACUGGGCUAACGAAGAAAAUUGCUGUGUACCAUCACAUGGUAAGAAUAUUGUUGAUCGAUCAUUUGUCUAUUUGUUCAGCUACAAGGCGAGCUGGUGGAAAAGAACUUACGAAAGAAGUCAAAUUUAAAAAUGUUCAUUAAUAAUUUUAUCACUUUAAUCUCUUAAUAGUACUGUACUUAGUUACAAAUACAGUAUUUGUUUAAUAAUGUCUUAAGCAUACAGUAUGUCUUUUGUAUGUACCAAGAACCUACAGUAAAGAUUCUAGAAAAGUUUGCCAGAAGUUCUAGUCCUUGGUUUGAGGACUUGAAUUGUUGUACCAGGUUAGAGUGGGUAUCUUGUAUGUUGUUCGAAUUAUUUUUACAGAUGGCAAUAAAAAAAAAUAAGAGA